CGUGUAUAAAGCCAAGCGUGGAAUAAACCGAUGUAGUUACGCUAAGAAAUUUGUUAAAAUAAGAAGCGCAUGAAUUAGAAGUUUUAGUGUGUUUACGUUACGAGUCAGUGAAAAUAUUUUCUACGUGAUAUACGAAUUACUUUCUUGGCAUAGCAGUAUAGUACACAUUCACAAUGAAUAGUUCGCUACUAUUAACACUGUUUAUUUGUAUUGGAGUAAUAUGUACUGUAACAGCCCUGAGGAAUGAUGAAUGCGAAGUAUGUAUAUCUACAGUGCAAAAAUUUGUUAAUACUUUAUCUGACGAUGUUAAAAAGGAUACCAAAAAAAUAGAAACAGCAUUCAGAGAAUUUUGUAAGGGUACCAAGUCUAAAGAAAACAGAUUUUGUUAUUAUUUAGGCGGUUUAGAAGAUUCUGCAACAGGCAUUUUAGGCGAAUUAAGUAAACCUGUAUCAUGGUCUAUGCCUGCAAAUAAAAUAUGUGAAAAACUGAAGAAGAAAGAUGCUCAAAUAUGUGACUUGAGAUUUGAAAAACAAAUUGAUGUUAAUACCGUCGAUUUGAAGAAACUUAAGGUGCGUGACUUGAAAAAAAUCUUAAAUGACUGGGAUGAAUCGUGUGAUGGCUGUAUAGAAAAGACAGAUUUUAUUAAGCGAAUUGAAGAACUGAAACCUAAAUAUUCUCAUAGUUCAAAAUCAGAGCUAUAAAAAGUGUUCAGUAAUGUAGAUAAAUUAUUGUUAGUAUGGCUAAGCUUUUGGAUAUUCUUUUUUUUUUUACAAAAUGAUUGACAGUAUUUAACGCACAUAUAUUCGUAUCUGAGUAUAUGUGUACAUAUCAUUUUGUAAACACUUUAAUUGAAUGAAUUUUUGAAGGCAGAUAUAUGCAUUUAAAUUUCAGGAAGAGGCAUUAAACAUUAUUCUUUUUUAAACUGUGAAUUAAACAAUACCGUAGAUAUGAUUCAAAAUACUUAGGAAUACUGAGCAAUGAAGAUUUAUUAAGAGCAUUAAUGGUUUUUAGUGUAGCCAUGCUAAUACACGUUGAAUAUCAUAAAAGGUGCUCCGUUUUUAUCAUACCAAUGUUAGACAAAUAAUGUGACUCAAAUUUUUCGUACUACAUAUUAUUUUCAUGUUUUCAUUUUUCAUUGCUCUUCCUCAGAUAUUCUGAUACAGUGCGUUUAUACACGUAUGAAUCCUAUUUGUACCAAAAUGCAGUGUACUAUAUCAACAAAUGUGUACAUGUGAUGAUCUAUUAAUAAUAUGUUGUUAUAUAUAUAUUUA